AUGAAAGCUGCUGGCAGAUUCAAAAAAGAAAAAGAAGAAGAGACUAAAGUUGAGGAUAGUGAUGAAGAAACAGAGACAAUGGUAGAACUAGUGAGAAAGAGGAAAGGCAAGGAAAAGAAGAAAAGAGAGAAAAAGCAAGAUGAAGAAAUUGAGAUUGAAGUUGAAUCUGAAUUAAAAUCAAACUCUGAAACAGAAUCUGAUAUUCUAGUAAGUAAGUUGAAAGAAGGAGGUUCUAAGAUAAAUGAAGGGAAGAGUUCUAAGAAGGAAAAGAAAAAGAAGUUGAAAAUGUCAGAAUUUAUGAAAAUGGCUAAGGCAAAUCUGGAUAUGAUGAAGGAAAUCAAGGAAAUCAGUGGAUUGAGUUUGAUUAUUUUGGACAAAUCUCAUGAAUUACAAUAA